CGUAACGGUAGCGGAGUUUCUGUGGGAACAGGACGGACAUUUCCUCGGUUUACCCUCUGCUGUCACUGUCCGCCCUCUUUGCCGGUUCUCUCCGGGCCGCAGCCAUGGUUUAUCACUCACUGGCGUUGCCGAUGAUCUGUUUCACGACGUUGUGGGCUCUAGUGGGUAUCGUCGCUCCCUUUUUCGUGCCCAAGGGACCUAACCGAGGGGUUGUCAUCACGAUGUUGAUACUGACAGCCGUCUGUUGCUACUUGUUCUGGUUAAUAGCGAUUCUGGCCCAGACAAACCCCCUGUUUGGACCACAGCUGAAGAAUGAAACCAUCUGGUAUCUGCGGUAUUACUGGGAGUGAAAUUCUCAUCAUGUCCAAUUCCACCUUGAGGCCAGCCCUUUCCAUUGCUCUUCCCAGGACGAUGUCUGAACUCCAGUCUCCUUCCCCCAGUCCCUUAUCAAACGCCCAGUAAGGAUACAUGAGGCACAACACUUCCUGUUUACAAUGCGCACGAGGGCAGCGACCCUGUAUUUUUCAUGAUAUUGAAAAUUAUGGCAUUUCCCUGCACUGAAAAAUAGAGGUGUGGACUCAGACAGCUUGAGUAAACACUCUCUAAUGCAUCCUUUUCAGGCAGACACUGUCGCCAUGUUCUUCUUAAUCACUGCAAUUUUCAUAUGACAACAUCACUGGAAUAUUAACCUAUAGCUGGUAUAGCUGGAAUGGAAAGGGUCGCCCACUGUAAAUAUUAUCUCAAAAGUGAAAGUGCUGAAGUUGUUUAUGUGAGAUGAGCAGUCUCACAUGUCUAAUCCCAUUCAUACACAGUCGAGUCACGUGCUUUCCUUUGUGUGUGCAGUGUGUGGGUUGACUAUGUAGAAGUGUUUUUAAUUUUAAUUUUUUUUUUUUAGGUUUAUUUAUUUGAUUCGGUUUAUUUAUUUAUGCAUUUGUGUUCUCUAAUGUAUAUCGGAUAGCAGUGUUGUGGACGUGACAGCUAUACUGUGAGCUGUGUGUGUCAGUCGUGUGUGCAGUCAAGAGGAUUCAGUGCCGGUCAUAGAAUCUAUAAGAGGACAAUAAGGCCUACUUCACAAAGCCAUCUCUGUGUUUCCACUGCAAGACGCUUAUCUCCCAUUUCCCUGAAGAGUGCUUAACCAAAACCCGUUUCCAUGGUGAACCCAACAGUCACUUAAAGCUGCGCCGUUCUUACUGUCAUCCCAACACGUCUCUGUAAACAGUGUUUUGCGUGUUUGACUACAGUGUUGCUGGCGAGGCUAAUCUCCAGAGAUGCUUUCCAUCUUUGUUUGCAUGCUAUUACUAGGGCUAGAAGCAUAUAGUAUAUAGUUUUUAAACUGACCGGUGUGUGUGUGCGCAUGUGAGAGAGAGAGAGACUGGCUAGUUGCUUUAUUGAACUGUAAACAGUGAUGUCAUCGGUGCUUAUGGGCUAAAAUGGUCAGUGAUUGUUAUUUCUUUAUGUUUUUCAUUUAAUGCCUUUGUCCAGAACUGCAUGUACUUUCAGCGUUCAGGCUAUUUCACCAAAGGCACAUCAGCAGUUCCUCUCCCAAGACUUGAACCUUUACUGUUCAAGGCACCUGUGUACCAUUCAAUGGCUUUCGGUCGCUGCUGUGUUCACCGUGUAGCCUCCCCUGAUGUGGAGAUAUUUUGGCACGUGUAUAACGGAGCACAGACGAUGGCUUUUGGGGGGCGACGUGCAUGCUCGAUAAGUAGAUGUUUCCGCCAUUUCCCCUGUCCUCCUGAAACCGCCGAAUAAAGGUCGGGACGCAUUGAAA